AUGCCUUCUGUGAAGGGUUUGGUUCUGUCAUACCUGACUGCUGCUUCGCAGCUGACAUACGCUUGGCCCACGCAAUAUCCCGAGCAUGUCAACAUUCUCACCCGCGCCGAGCAGAUCGCUUCUGAGUAUGACUAUGUCAUCGUUGGCGGAGGGACCUCGGGCUUGACAGUCGGAGACAGACUCACCGAAGAUGGAAAGUAUACUGUUCUGGUGGUCGAGUAUGGCUACUACGACAGUCAGACCGGCAUGAACCCCAGACGCAUGUUCAACAUCACCUCUCAGCCGUGCCCCAACCUGAACGGCCGAAGCUUCUCUGUCGGUAUCGGAUGUGUUGUCGGCGGUAGCUCGAGUGUCAACGGUCAGGUCUUCUUGAGGGGCACCAAGGACGAGUACAAUGCAUGGAAAGAGCUUGGUGGAUCUGGGUCUACUUGGGAUUGGGACAAUCUUCUGCCCUAUUUCAAGAAGGCAAGCAUCACACUUGACAUGGCCUUCAAGCUACAGCUAACGAUACUCAGGUAUGAUAUGAGCUACUGGGGCACAACCUCCAAGAUCUAUGCUGCCUUUGGAAAGGGACCCCUCACCUCUAUCAUGAAGACCUUGUACAACGCCAUGGCCAAGAUGCCCGGCAUGACCAUCCCCGUCGACAGCGGUGCCGGCGAGGCGGGACUCUACUGGUACCCAAUGUCGCAGGACCCCGUUCAAUUCCAGCGUUCCUACGCCCGGACCGGCCACUGGGACGGCCUCAACCGCGCCAACUACGAGAUGAUCGUCGGCGCGAAGGUCAACCGCAUUCUCUUCGACGGUGAUACUGCUACCGGCGUCCAGUUCGUCUCUCGCAACAACACGGGUGCCGCCCCUGUGCAGGUCAAGGCUCGCCGUGAGGUCAUCCUCGCUGCCGGUUCUGUACAUACUCCGCAGGUCCUCAUGCUCAGCGGCAUCGGUCCCCGCGCACACCUCGAACAGGCUCGAAUUGCUGUGAAAGUCGACCUCCCGGGCGUCGGCUCUAACUUCCAGGACCACAGCUACAUCCCCAGCAUCUCAUACCAAUGGGGCGUUCAGCCUCCCAACUCCGGCGGCGGAGGCUGGGGCGGCGGCGGCCCACCAUCUCUUGCUUCCAUGAUCGGGUUGCCAGUCGUCAGUCCCGACCGAUACGACACACUUGCCAGGACAUACGAGGCCCAGGACCCCAAGUCCCAUCUGCCGUCCACCUACACCUCCGAGCAGAUCGAAGGGUACAAGCAGCAGCAGAAGGUGUACGGCCGGCUCAUGCGCUCCAAGAACACCGUCUUCUCUGAGAUGAUGAUGUACGGACCUGGUGGCUCCGUGCAGAACCUCCACCCCAUGUCUCGCGGCACCAUCCUUCUCAACACUGCUCAGCCCGAGAGCGAGAUGAUCGUCGAUUACCGCGCGGCGACAAACUCGAUCGAUCUUGACGUCAUGGCAGAGAUCAUCAAGUUCAUGCGGCGGUUCAUGACGACCGGCGACCUUGCGCAGUACCAGGCUCGCGAGCUGUCGCCUGGAACUGGCGUCUCGACUGAUGCUCAGCUUGUCAGCUGGGCCAGGGGCCAGAUCAUCCCUUCCGUGUACCAUCCUGUCGGGACGACUGCCAAGAUGCCCCGUGAGUGGGGUGGUGUGCUCGAUGAGAACUUGUUGGUGUAUGGAGUCAAGAAGCUUAGGGUCAUUGAUGCUUCCAUGAUGCCUACCACGGUUGGUGCGACGACGUCCAUGACUGUGUAUGCUGUGGCCGAAAAGGCUGCCGACAUGAUCAAGGCCCAGACUCAGUAG